UCUGCACGUCUCCCGGACCAGCUUCACAUUAUCUUGAGUUACCGAAUUUGAAGCAAUGUCAAAAUUUACUUCGGGAAGGGAGCGAGUGCAGCAGUUACAUACCUAAAUGGCCUAUUCCUACAGAAUCAGAGAUGGAGUACGCUAAAAUAACGAAGUAGCCUAUAUAACAGGCUACGCUCUGACCAGCUGUGUUUCCUGUCCUCGUGGUUUGAGAAUGUUUCCGUGGCUGCAACAAAGUGUCGCGUCGUUGCUCUGAGAGACGGAGUUCUUGACAGUCAAAGGAGGGGGCUUCAGCAUUCGCAUUACAUUUUCCACAUCCUGAAGACACCGCGCAAUAGACUACUGUGAAUUUCCUGAAAAUCACGUCUAUUUGUGGAGAAACAAAGAGGAGAAAGAACGGUACCAUUUACUGCCGUUGUUUUUCAUGAUUUCUAAUAGGGUACGAUUUGGUCUAAGAAAGCUGCAGUUUCAACAAUUUGACAGUUGAUACCGCCCACUUCUGAAAAUUGACAUCUGCUUGGCAGAUUUCCUUUGGCAUGUUGAACGUAAUGUAGACUUUACCGCGAAAGAAAUUUCCGAGUCACCGUUUUAUGCUUGCCCCUGUCCCGGAGAAGAGGGGAUAGCGAACCGCUUGACUGUUGUUCAAAAUCCUAACUGCGGUUCCUUUCGUUCAGAUGAGACAGGACAACUCACAGUGGUCAUUCGUUUUAUUGUGCCGUGUAGCGAAAGGCAGCACGUGCAUAAACGAGAUCAGUAUUUUUAAAAGAUAAGAGUGUUGGUUGGCUUUUAACUUCAAACAUUUUCUAGAUUGGUUACGUUGUGCAAAACCCCAAGAGACAUAUCAAGAUGCUGUUAAAGGAGUACAGGAUAUGCAUGCCGCUGACAGUUGAGGAGUACAGGAUCGGUCAGCUGUACAUGAUCAGCAAGCACAGCCACGAGCAGAGUGACCGCGGGGAGGGGGUGGAGGUGGUGCAGAACGAGCCGUUCGAGGACCCCAACCACGGCCAGGGCCAGUUCACUGAGAAACGCGUCUACCUCAACAGUAAAUUGCCCAGUUGGGCUCGUGCAGUGGUGCCCAAAAUUUUCUAUGUGACUGAAAAGGCUUGGAACUAUUAUCCCUACACCAUCACAGAGUACACCUGUUCCUUCCUCCCCAAGUUCUCCAUCCACAUAGAGACCAAAUACGAGGACAACAAAGGCAUCAAUGACCAUAUCUUCGACAGUGAGCUGAAGGACCAAGAGAGAGAGGUGUGUUUCGUCGACAUCGCCUAUGAUGAGAUCCCCGAGCGCUACUACAAAGAGUCUGAGGAUCUGCGGUACUUCAAGUCGGAGAAGACUUCCCGCGGGGUUCUUCAGGAGGGCUGGAGGGACACUCAGGAGCCAAUCAUGUGCUCCUACAAGCUGGUCACCGUCAAGUUCGAGGUGUGGGGACUGCAGACGCGUGUGGAACAGUUUGUACACAAGGUGGUGCGGGACGUGCUGCUCCUGGGACACAGGCAGGCCUUCGCCUGGGUGGACGAGUGGAUCGACAUGACGAUGGAUGAGGUAAGAGAGUUUGAGCGCGCCAUCCAGGAGGCCACCAACGAGAAGAUAGGGAUGUUCCCCCCGUCCAUCUCCAUCAGCGAGACGCCCCUCUCCUCCUGCGCCCUCACCGGCCCCGCCAGCGCCCCCUCCACCCCCCUCUGUACCGACGCCCCCGAGUUUCUCUCCGUUUCCAAGGACCGGCCCCGCAAGAAGUCCGCCCCCGAGACCCUCACCCUGCCUGAUCCAGCGGCCCAGCGAGGCGUCCCCCAAGGCGCUGCGCCCGGCCCUCUUCCCAACCACUUCCCCUCGACCCCCUCUGACUCUGACCUUCCAGAGUUGGCGGGUGAAUAGGGAGGCACGGGGGCUCCCCAUGCACCCCCUUGCCUCCCCCCGUCACCCCGAUUGUCUUAGAAGCCCAACAAAACUUGCCUAUAGCCUCCACACACACCCCAGUGCCCAGUGCUGCAAGCAAACUAUAGCCAUAUGCCAGAGUUCAGCCCUACUUACACAUAUCACCACGGUUAUAAGGUUGAUCCCACAAGUCUCCAACUUCCUCCUCGAUGAGCAGGCAGCUGUGGGCUCAGCUACCCCCUCUAUUGUGGACUUCCUUUUCCUGAGUUUGUAGCCAAUCCGAUGUCAGAUCUACUGUUUACCCAACCAGUGUAAGGAGUGAUCAUGCACCCACAUGAUUUCGCCGUUUCCUUAGUUAGAGUCAUUGUUUCAGUGUGAUAGAUUUCGUGUGUGUGUGUGUGCGUUAGGAUGCAGACAAAAUGUCCAACCAAACAUUUCUUUUUCAACUCAAUGGAUAGCUGAUUAGCUUUGUGUCGCUAAAAAGCGGUUGCCUUGGCAACGGAGAUUUAGAAACCUGACUCCUUUGAUUCCUUUUGCACACUUAAGUGAAUGUUUUUUUACUUGGCAGCCCACGAAAUAUCCAUGUGCAGUGCGUUCUUUUCAAGCUGAAAUAGAAUAGUGUGAAUAACCCAAUCUUUCAAACAUGCUAAAAAAAUAUUUUAUGGCACAGUGUUGUUAGCUGUUAUAACCUCAAUGACUACUGACAAACACCACAAUUGCUCAAGCAUAUUUGUGUCAUGGACAUCCCCGUAUCCAAUCGCUCCUCUUGCCUGUGUCUCACUUUCCCUCCACUCGACACCCCCAGUGUAACCAGAUGCAAGACCAGUACAAUCACACACAGAGAGAGCCCAGCUCAGGUCUCCAAAUCUCCCGUCUGGCCCCUCUUUGGACAGACGGGGUCAUUGACUGUACCUCUCUCUCCCUGCUCAAGGCUCUAUGGCCAUGUUUUGUAUCCAACUCCACAGAUAUUAUACCAUCUCUGUACUCAACAGGCUAACUUGACCUUUCGGAACGUUUACACAACAGUUACAGGCUCCACGGAAUACAUUACCUUAUGAAUAUCGUGGUGAGCGCCGAUCCUGGUUUGCGCCUUUAUUUGUAUGCUAACUCUGUAACUGCCGUUGUAAUGACAGUGUUGUCGCCAUUUUGUUACGGAGCAAAACUCGAAUUUUUAAAAAAAACAUAGUGAUGGACUGCGGUACGUAUCAGUUCAUGCAGUUGUACGACAGAUACGCGUCUUUAUCCGUUAAUUCCUCCGAUCAACAAGGCUCCCAAUUUGGGAGGGGAGUGGGGGUGGGGGCAGUAAAAUCAAUUUUCUCUAUACAGAGGUGGUAGGGGACAUAUCCAUGCUUAUAAGGGGUAUCGAACUGGCCUUGUCGUGUGCCUGGUUGGCUUUCUGUCACGUGUUUGGAAUGCCCGUGCUAUGACAUCCCAGCGUUGGUAGAUCGCAGGACAGGUUAGAGUCUGACCCUGCUGGCCUUUGACUGUUCAGCUACCCAGUGGCUUCUGGACUGACACUUGUCUGAACAACGAGGGUGUUCACAUUAGGAAACACACACCUUGAAACAACAAUUACUGCAACUUCUGGCUACUACGUGUAAAAUAACAGUGACCGUCAUGGCAUAGUUAUCGGCAGAGCAAGCAUGUCUCUAUGCUACAGAGAAAGACCACUCUCUAUAGGAGGGAACAUGGUCUCUCAAAUGGAAUGCCCUUAUUAAGAUACUAUAUUUUUUCCAUUUUAUAGUCACGGAGAUCAUGGGAGUCUCUUAUUUCCGCAUGAAAUGUUUCACAAGCAUAUAUACAUAAUUAUGUAUGUAUGUAUGUAUGUAUGUAUAUAAUUGAUGGGAUGUGAAGAUGAAUGCUACAUUGUAGACUCUGUUAGUUAAGCACUGUAUACUAAACAAAUGCAGAGUUUUGAAUGAAUCUGAGCAUGCCCCUGAAGGACAGUUGUACGACUUUCUACUCAGUGCCUCUGCAUGCGAAAAGUGUAUUGUAUUGUCCAUAUACCAAAACCUCUGAGCAUAUUUCGACAAAGAAAAAAAAAAGCCAUUUGUUGUAACUUUACAGGAUGUUCAUUUCUAUCCCUUCUUCAAGUUCUGUGCAUUUUUUGUUCCAUCUCCCCAUUCUUCAUUCAUGGGACGUGAACCAUAUUAUGACCAUGUAAACACCUGUAUAGUUCAGUCAAGUCCUUGUUGUGUUUCGUUGGACCAAAGUUCCUCUGCAACACUUGUGUUGCUCUCAUGUGAAGACGGGACUCUCAUUCUUGGUGUCAUUUCCACUGAACAACUGUAGCUAUGAUCCCCAUCAUCUUUCCGUACAGUUUUAGAAUACUCAUAACUGGUGAUGACUGUCUCUCUUUUCAGGAAUACAGAAAUCCAGGGAUGAUUUAGAUGGCCUGGGGGCCUCCAAAAGUAAUGCAUAUUGACUAGGAGCAUGUUCUGUUCAUUUGCAAAGAUUAUGGAUUUUGUUUUGUAAAUACUGUAAUCUUUGGUUGACAUUAGCUGCAAAUAAUCAUUGUCAGGUUCAUAAUAUGUACAAUAGCGUUGUUUUCUUCUUGAAUGGAGAAAGACAGAAGUGAGAUACUAGUCGAUGUAGGCCUGUGUUGGAAUAGAUCGAAACCUUUAUAUUAUUUUAAUCUGCCAUUGAAAAUAACAUUGUGAUAUCAUUCAAGAUUUAGCCUUUUGAUUCAAAUGUAUAUUUUGCAAGCUCCUCAUAGUAGCUGUGCACUUUUGUCUGUCCAGUUGCUUUUGGUUGUUCCACAUGUCCAACCUAAUCUAUCAAUGACAUUUUGUUUUAAAUGGGGUGGCUAUUGUAUUAAUAUUAUCACUUUGUACAGCUUGAAUCACAGUAUUGCUGUAGUUUUGAUUUUGUGGUUGCUGUAAUUCAAAAUGGAUUCUCUUUGUUUUUGAAAUAAAGGACCAAGCUUUUGCUGUCACAUCUUUAGUGCGGUUUGCAUAUCCAGCCAGGUUGUCUCGUCUCUGAAGUGCCAUCCUCAGUCGGCUGCGGGAAGUCGCUCUGGGUUCCUCCACGUGCUAUGUUUAUGUUUUCAUGGCUCUCUUGACAGUUAUUUGGUUCUUGGUUGUACUUUUUUUUCUUAAUAUUUUUCUUUUUCUUUAACUUAGUAAAUAAAGUUUACUUGCCACGA